AUGCUCGUCUUCAUCCUGCCUUUGGUCGCAUCUCUUAACAUCAUCUCUGUGAAUCCUACAUUUUUUCCCAAAAUAAUAUGCCACCUUCCUGAAGAUCCAGGACCAUGUCAAGCGCUUAGUAUCCGGUGGAGCUACGACUCCCGGCGGAAGGAUUGCUACAAGUUUAAAUAUGGGGGAUGUCAUGGUAACGAAAAUAAUUUCGUGGCAUACAGACCCUGCAUGUACAAAUGUUAUGGUGUUGGUGGUGUUGGGAAUGGAAGGGUUACAAAUGAUGUUGUUGAGAAUGGUACCGUGCAUCCAGGCGUGAAUAUACCUGAUUUUGUUGAAAAUGGUCGCACGAAGGGCAGCAGGAAUAGGCUAAAAAACUUGACGUGGAGUUUAGGAAGGCACCGCCAGUGGUAG